AGUGACUCAGUGCUCUGCAUACUGUAUGCACACAUUCACAUACCUGAGAUCUCACCUGUACACCUGGAAAGGAUCAGCGCAGUCACAUACAGGUAACUGAAUAUCUUCUACCUAUUGUCCUUGGCUGCUGUGACUGACCUGUGCUCCAUACAGGCUGUGGACCAAUGUGCUCAAAGGAUGGAAGUGGGAGAAAAUGGGGACCUUCUGGAUCUCAGUUUCUUGACGGGGGAGGAGCAAAAAGUGAUAACACAGGUUCUUGAGCGAGACACAGAACUUAGGGAAAAGGACGAUCAACGUGUACGCAAGCUUCGAUCAUGUGUAUCAGACCCUCAUACACUGAAACGUCUUUCAGGAGAUUGGUUCAGUGAUGUAAGGGCAUCCCGUCCUUGGGGUCAAGUUGGUGGUGUUGAUAUUGUGAGAGCUUCAAUCAGGAGAAAGAAAAAGACCAGAGCUGAAUGGAACCACAACUGGGGUUUUGACGAUGCAGAAGUGAAUGGAGAUUAUGAUAGUGAAACACCUGAAGAGGAUGAAAUACAGAAGCCUGAGAUCAGGUAA